CGAAUGUGAAGAAGAUAAUGAAAGAUCAAACAAUUACAAAAACAAAAAUCAAGUCCCAAAUGUUUCGUCUUUGUCUUCACAUAAAGAGAUUGCCGAAAAUGUGUUAAAAAUUAGAAAUGCAUAUCACUGUAAUGUGCAUAAUCGUCCCUGCAUAAAUAAAGAAAGCCACAAAGAUUUUCAUGUGGAAAUUACAUUUAUGAUGCUCUCGAUUUGGGCAUCUGAUAUGAACAAAGGACUGGCUACGGUCAAAAAUCCUCCAACACACCCUCUUUUUUCCUAUGCUAAUAUAUCAUCCAAAAAGCGGUUACCAUCUUCUUAUUUACAAUCACCACCAACUAUGUCAUCACAAAUGCCAUUAGUUUUACCAUCUUCGCCACCACAUACACCACAUACACAAGUACAACUUACACAACCGCAGACACAACUAUCACAAUCUCCACAAGUACAACUUACACAACCAUU